AUGACGAUUUCUUAUAAUCUUGAUGUCUCCUCGGUAUCAACAAUCACUUUCCUGAAACUUCUCCUCCGAUGGCGUGGUUCAAUAUGGAAGUCUGUGAAGUCUGAAUUUGCUUUAUGGACUCUUAUUACAUUGUAUUCGCCGUCUACCGAUAUGCUUUAUCAUCGGAUUAUCAGAGAUGAGACAUUUGAAAAAGUGGCGUAUAACUUCGACUCAAGGCUCAACUACAUACCUCUGACGUUUAUGUUGGCUUUCUUUGUGAAUAUCAUUGCUGAUCGAUGGCGUAAAAUCUUGAACAAUAUGGGAUGGAUAGAAAAAUUAUCUUCAUGUAACAAUGGAAGAAUACUUACAGUUAGUGACAGUAACUGUUCAAAAAUAAGGAGAUAUAUUAUAGGAGAGAUAUAUGAUUGA